GCCAUAAAAGAGAAAGGGAGGAAUCAUGUCCAUGAUUGCAGAUUUCUAUGGCAGCAAGUCUAUUCUCAUCACAGGGGCCACAGGCUUCAUGGGCAAAGUGUUGAUGGAGAAGCUGUUUCGCACCAGUCCUGACCUGAAAGUUAUUUACAUCCUUGUGAGACCCAAGGCUGGCCAGACACUCCAGCAGAGGCUUUUCCAGAUCCUAAACAGUAAGCUGUUUGAGAAAGUCAAAGAAGUUUGUCCAAAUGUGCACGAGAAGAUCAGAGCUAUUUAUGCAGAUCUCAAUCAGAGUGACCUUGCCAUCAGCAAGGAAGACAUGGAGGAACUUCUGUCUUGUACAAACAUUAUCUUCCACUGUGCAGCUACUGUACGCUUUGAUGACCCUCUGAGACGUGCCGUGCAACUUAACGUCACCGCCACCAAGCAGCUCUUGUUUAUGGCCACUCAGAUGCCAAAGCUGGAAGCCUUCAUACAUAUAUCUACUGCCUUUUCUAAUUGUAACCUGAAGCACAUCGACGAAGUGAUUUAUCCAUGCACUGUGGAGCCCAAAAACAUCAUUGACUCCAUGGAGUGGUUAGACGACGCUAUUAUUGACGAGAUCACACCCAAGCUGAUCGGGGAUCGGCCCAAUACUUACACCUACACCAAGGCCUUGGGAGAGAUGGUGGUACAGCAAGAGAGCGAGAACCUAAACAUUGCCAUCAUAAGGCCCUCCAUUGUGGGAGCAACCUGGCAGGAGCCUUUCCCAGGUUGGGUUGAUAACCUAAAUGGACCUAGCGGGCUUAUUAUUGCGACUGGAAAAGGGUUUCUUCGGUCCAUAAAAGCUACUUCAGUGGCUGUGGCAGAUUUAAUUCCAGUUGACACAGUCGUCAAUCUCACCUUAGCAGUAGGAUGGUAUACUGCCGUUCACAGACCUAAGUCAAUGUUAGUCUACCACUGUACAUCUGGUAACAUCAAUCCCUGUAAUUGGGGCAAAAUGGGAUUACAAAUCAUGGCAACCUUUGAAAAAAUCCCAUUUGAGAGAGCUUUCAGGAGGCCAAACGCUGACUUUACAACCAACAAUUUUGCAACCCACUACUGGAAUGCAGUCAGCCACCGGGCCCCUGCCAUCAUCUAUGACUUCUAUUUGCGGCUCACUGGAAGGAAGCCCAGGAUGACAAAGCUCAUGGAUCGGCUUUUAAGAACGGUGUCCAUGCUGGAGUAUUUCACUAACCGGAGUUGGGAAUGGACCUCCUACAAUACAGAAAUGCUGAUGUCCGAGUUGAGUCCUGAAGACCAGAGAGUAUUCAACUUUGAUGUGCGCCAGUUGAACUGGUUGGAAUACAUUGAAAAUUAUGUUUUGGGAGUUAAGAAGUACUUAUUGAAAGAGGAUAUGGCUGGGAUCCCAGAAGCAAAACAACACUUGAAAAGGCUCCGAAAUAUUCACUACCUCUUUAAUACCGCCCUCUUCCUUAUUGCUUGGCGCCUUCUCAUUGCAAGAUCUCAAACGGCUCGGAAUGUCUGGUUCUUCAUCGUGAGCUUCUGUUAUAAAUUCCUCUCCUACUUUAGAGCAUCCAGCACGCUCAAGGUCUAAGAACAUUCGGCAAUUACCUUUUAUAUGUAACUUUUGGAUAUUUCUAUAACAGCAAGCUCUGGUUCUCAAGAUUAGGAAGUAACCAAGAAUAUGCCCAAGCUGUCAAAUGUGCUGUUACGUAUCUAUCCCUACUCCUAAACUAUAAAUUCUUUUUAUUUCAGUGAGAGAAGUAAAGUAAUAAACUAGUCUACAACCACACAUACUUUAGGAAAAAAUUAUUUCCAGAUUGUUUCCUAACACUUUGUUCUAUGCUCUUGCA